GCAACCAUCGCUUUUACGGCAUGAGAGCACUACUUCCACAUGGCCUCCAACUCUUCUCCAACACCGGGCUGCAGUUUGAGCGUGUGUUUUUAGUGUUUUGGUCGCUAAACCUGAGUGUAUAAGGGAAACAUCACGUUACAUGCUCAGUUCGCACUUUACUAGAGACUGAAAUGGGUAAAAGUAAAACCACUAAGUUUAAACGUCCACAGUUCAACGCUGUUGGUUUGCCGGUGAAUGCUGUGAAGGAAGAAGAAGCUGAGGAAGAGGAGCAUGGUGAUGAUGACGCCUGUCCAGCUGCGGAGCUGCUGGAGAAAUUGCAGAGUCCCAGUGCAGAUGUGCGAGAGUUUGCAUGUGCCAGCAUUUCUCGUGUGGUGCAGCAGAGUCAGACCAUCCCAGGUUUCCUCCAGAGGGAUGCCGUGAGGCGCCUUGGGCCCAUGCUGCUGGACAAGAGCCUGGCUGUCAGGGAGACUGCCGCUGGAGCACUCAGGAAUCUGAGUGCAUGUGGAGGUCAGGAGGUGUGCGAGGACAUGGUGAAGCACGACGUCAUGACUCCUCUGACAGCACUGCUUAGAGAGAGCUGUGCUGGUUUUGAGAGCGCCGCUGUGGCGAUGAAAGACCAGAAGAAUGCAGUGGAGGAUGUCGCCAAUGAGGCUGUGAACCUAUUGUGGAAUCUAUGUGAGAGCAGCAGCCAGUCGCUGUCUGUGUUCAACAAAGCGGGUCUCCUGGACGUGGUCGUCCAGUGUCUGGAGAGACACCCACACAACGUAGAGCUGGCCAUAUCUGCCGCACACUGUUUACACACUGUGACCGAGGACAACCCAGAGCUGCUGUGUAGCGUGAACGCCGCUGUGCUUGGAGUCGUGGAGAACGUGUUGCUGACGUCUCAGCCCGACAUGGCACACACUCUCCUCAGGACAUUGGCUGCAGGGACACUGUGGAACAUGAAGGGCAGUCUGCCCGCUGCCCGUCAGGCCCAGACCUUGAACGCUGUGGUGGCCACCUUGUCACAGUGCCUGGAUCUGGACACAGGUACACUGAUACCUGAACUCAGACAAGCAGAAGAGGUUCGUCACAGAAAUAAACCAGCUGCGGCAGACGUAGAAGAGCAGGCGACAGCGGAGCAGGCGACAGCGGAGCUCGCUGCGGCGGAGAUGGACGAGGAGGAGGAGGCACCUAAACAGAAGAGGAAUGGGAAAGCUCGGAGGGUUGAUAACGACUUCUCUGACCUUUUACCUAGGGACAAGGAGGAGCUGAGGGAGGCAACGGCCUUGCUGACAGCCCAGCAAACGUCCUUAGAGAUCAUCGUCAACAUGUGCUGCUCUGACGACCCGUCUGACGACGAGUGGGAGGAGGAGUCGAGCAGCGACGAGAGCGACAUGGGUCCGGAUGGUCUUUGUGAUGCAGUGUCCAAUCUCAUGUCUCCACUGUGUUUGUCAGCGGAGGUUCACGAGGCCUUAAUGAACCACAGCAUCCCAGAAAAGGUUCUGAAAAAGACCGAGUGCCCCAGAAAGGAAGCCAUGGACGUGUGCCAACAGAAUCCCUCCUGGAGAGGCCUGAUCAGAAAGAUGCAGCGCGUGCAGUCCCGGGCGCUGACGUGCCUCCACAGCAUCCUCUCCACCAUGGACGCCGAGUCUCUGGGAGGAGCAGCGGCCCUGCAGGGAGCAGCGCAGCACCUGUCCACGCUGGUUUUUGGCGCAGCAGAGAUACCCAAAGAUGAGGAGUUCCUGGAGGCUGUCAUCAGCGCCAUGCGGUCUCUUUUACAGAUGAUUGCCUCCAAAAACAUCUCUCAGUGCAUGACCCCCCAACAGCUGAUGAGUCUGAGCGAAGCAGCCACCCGCUGCGAUGUGGUCAGCGUGAGGGUCAACGCCGUCGCCAUUCUGGGCAUCACUGGCAGCACAUUAGCCAAAGAGAAGGGCACUGCUGAAACCCUUCAGAUGAUUGGAAACGCCUUACUUCAAGUCGCCACAAGGGAUGCCGACCUGGUUGUGAACGGAGAAGCUCUGGAUGCCUUGUUUGAUGUUUUUGCAGAUGGAGACGAAGCAGAUACGGCUGCCAAAAACAUCCAGUUGCUACCUGCACUGAAGGCACUUCAACCUGUCUUCAAGGCCAAGAUUCGUAAAGAAGGAAGAGGCAAGUACAGCCCCCCGCAGCUGUGUGUGCUCGACAACAUCAAAGUCAACCUGAGGAGAUUCAUCGGUUAUCUGGAGAAGGUGGUGAAAAAAUAACAGCGAUGAGUUGAACCUGUAUGGUUUGGACAGAUAUUCUAGCAGGAACAAAGAACGAAACACAACGUGGUUGUGAAACCAUCAAGUAUUUAUUAUGUUGGUAGUAUGCCAGUUGUUUUUGCUUAAUGUUAAUAUACUCUAAAAAUAAUGAUUUAUUGUUUUACUUGGUGGUGUGAAAGUUUUAUUUUUUGUGAAGAAAGAUGGUUUGAAAUCUGAUAUUAGUUAUUAGUUACUGUAAGGUUGCAGUAAAGAGACUUUUUUUUUUAAUUGUUGCUUCCUUAGUUGAUAUGUUUCAUUCCACUCAAAGUGGUUGUCAGACUUGAAUUAGUAUAAUUUCAUGUCCCAGAGUAACAUUUUUUCAGGUGUGGAGAGCUGACACCAGGUUUUGACAUGUGUCCCCUUAGUCUUGCCCCAUGUUUCAAUGGGCCAAACAUUGAUGUUUGCAGUUCUGCGACAAGAGAUGGGAGGCAGAGAUGUUCUACAUGACAGGCCCUUUAUAGGAAGGAUUGUAGUAUCAGCUACUUUUGUGUUAUGGAUAUUGUGUAGUAGAAUCAUAAUUUAGUUGAGAAAGAAAUUGGCUUGGUUAAUGGUAAUCUUGAGAAACUGGCAAGAGUACGCUAGGUUUUUAAAAAUGAUCGAACCGAAAAACCCAGCCCAGUGUUUCCAACUCUUUUCUAAUUAAAAGUAGUUAGCAGCACUAGCUCCAAACGUCCCUAAAAUUUGGGGAGAAAGUCGCUUAGUGUCGCCGACGCUUCAGGUCUCCCUUCAAAGUCACUUCCCCAAAAUAUCAUUAUGAACAUAAACAUAGCAUUAUGAAGGUAAACAUGGCUAUUGUUAGUACUCACAGCUGUCAAGUUAGCAGCUUGUGGAAGACUCCGGUGUCGCUUAACGACUGCACGGGCAGUGUGCACAGAGGCAGAUUGACAGACAGGCCAGCCAUCCAAUCGUUACAUUCGGGCCAAAUAAAUGAUUGGACGGGCUUGUUACAGUCCUGCGACAGCCACAGAUACCUGAUCUUUUUCUUAUUUUUGUCAGAGCAUUUGAUUUAUUGAUUGCUGUCGGGAUGUAAUGAGAAUUUCAACAAAUAUAAUAUAUAUAUAUAUAUAUAUAUAUAUAUAUUUUUUUUUUUUUUUUUUGAAGAUUACCAACCCUAGCUUUAAAGAGAAACUAAUUUAAAAUGACUAAGUAAUUUCAGUAAUUUACUAAGCUGACAGGGUUUGGCAGGCACACUGCCAAUGUUGUGAUAACAUCAAAAUCUAUGAAGACAGACACAUUAAGCCUUAAGAAAUACACACACAUAUUCUCUACCUCUGCCUCUCCGAGCUCCCUCCACCUCCCAUCUCUCUGCAUUAGUUGCACACUCUGUCACACUCCACUCCUCUGCAUGGACUGGUGACUUUUUCUGUGGUAUUUUUGUGAACUUUUCUGUCUGCAAGUCACCACGGCAGCCCAUUUUCUACUGAAAGCAUUCUUGUCAGUAACACAAAAUAAUUGCUCAAAUUGAAAAUAGAUUGGGUGUCACUAACAUCAAUAACUUUGUAAUGAUCAAUCGGCAUCAACACUUUCUGCUUCAACUGAGAAUCCUGUUCUACAACUGUGCAGGUUUGAAUUAUGUAAAUCCAGGAUAGAGCCAUCUAUUUUGCACCUAAUCCAUAGUUUAUCAUGCUUUGAGUAACUGACAAAGUCAACUCAUUGGCUUUUCAUUAAUGCAGUAAAUGGUAACGAUUGAAUAGUGACUUGCACCCACGAAUGUCAUUAACCUAAAUGUCAAAAUGAACUGUGAUGGGUUGUAAGAGUCGGGCACAGCUUCUCUGGGUUCCAACUUUUCAGGGAAAUGUUAAUAAAAU